AGUAGUUUGAUUCACUUCCUUGUGAGAUUUUAGCAGAAAGAUGAAUGAUUCUCAGAGCGCAGGUUUCCAAGCUGGGCAGGCCAAAGGCCAGGCACAGGAGAAGGGCAGCCAAAUGAUGGACAAGGCUAGCAAUGCUGCCCAAUCUGCCAAGGAAUCAUGCCAAGAGGCUGGACAGCAGAUGCAGGCUAAAGCACAAGGGGCAGCUGAUGCUGUCAAGAACAGUGUUGGGAUGAACAAAUGACUGCUGCUGAUCAUCUUCUCCCUGGACUCUGUUUUUCAAGUUUUUUAAUCUUCUAUAUAUGGAGCUGUUAUUGAUCUUCAUUUUGAAAUAAGAGUAUUUUUGGGUUUUGGUUACUAUUCACAUAUGAAAUGCAUCUAUAGAAUGUGAUGCAAAUACACCCACUUCUCAUAUUUACGGUUCAAUAAAUCAAUACUGAUCAA